CCCGGGUCAGCUCGGCUUUUCCAGAGGGAGAUCUCAGAGCUGUGAGGAUAUCCAAGAGCGGAGCCUGUCUGAAAGGAGGGGACUCGAGGUUAGCGGACUGAGGCCCCCCAUCCAGAGCCGGCGCCCCUGCCAUACCGGGGAGCCGGCCAUGCCUCCACGGGAGCUGGCUGAGCCGGAGCCGCCUCCGGUCCGGGCCCCGACCCCUCCCCCGCGACGGGGCAGCGCGCCCCCGGAGCUGGGCAUCAAGUGCGUGCUGGUGGGCGACGGGGCGGUGGGCAAGAGCAGCCUCAUCGUCAGCUACACCUGCAAUGGGUAUCCCGCCUGCUAUCGGCCCACGGCGCUGGACACCUUCUCCGUACAAGUCUUGGUGGAUGGAGCCCCAGUCCGGAUUGAGCUCUGGGACACAGCUGGACAGGAGGACUUUGACCGCCUUAGAUCCCUCUGUUACCCAGACACAGAUGUCUUCUUGGCCUGCUUCAGCGUUGUGCAACCUGGCUCCUUCCAAAACAUCACAGAGAAGUGGCUGCCUGAGAUUCGAACCCACAACCCCCAAGCUCCUGUUUUAUUAGUGGGCACUCAGGCUGAUUUGCGGGAUGAUGUUAAUGUACUGAUCCAGUUGGACCAAGGGGGUCAGGAAACGCCUGUGCCUCAUCCCCAGGCUCAGGGCUUGGCUGAAAAGAUCCGAGCCCGGGGGUACCUGGAAUGCUCUGCUCUGACUCAAAAGAACUUGAAGGAGGUGUUUGAUGCAGCGAUUCUCAGUGCCAUCGAGCACAAGGCCAGACUAGAGAAGAAGCUCAAUGCCAAGGGUGUCCGGACACUCUCCAGGUGCAGAUGGAAGAAAUUCUUCUGCUUUGUUUGAGCCCCUGCAGUGGGGAGGGGGAGCAAGAGGCUAGAAAUGCCUGGAACCCUGGGGCUGUGGGAGACCUUGGAGCUGCUGGCAGGAGCAGAGCCUAGGUCACCUUCAUGUGGUAUGGACCUUUCCUGGUAAUUGUAGGAACAGAGAGCUGUUAACUGUUCACUUUAUUUUACCUAUUUGGGACUAAGACCUGUAGGAGGGAAGGUGCCUGGAGUCUGCUUCUGAGGACCAGUCCACCCUUGAGAAAGCAGCUUAUUCCUUCAGGUGACUAACAUAGCCAAUAGCCCUAAUUCAGUGGGGUUUUCCAUCAUGGGCCCACAAGCCAAUACAAUUCUGAACAAGGAAGAAUCCUUGCUUGGGUUCCUUCCAGGAAAAUGUCAGAGUCCCUUGUGGCUCACAGAUUCUGGCACAAGGAAGGGAGAACCUGGCCAGAACAUCUUAGCACUCUGAACUCAUCCAAGAGGGCAGCUAGCUGAAAAAAUGAAGUGUUUACAAUAGGAGAGGGCUCUAAGAAACCUCGGGCAAGGUUCUGUAAUGGAAGAAAGAUCUUUGGAGAAGAGACAGGAAGGAAGGAACUGGAGUGAUGGGACAAAGGUGGACAUGGUAGGAGUGUAAGGAGAAGGAGAUCCGAGAAGAGCAGGCUGGUAGAGAAUGAGAAGAUGGCAACGUGGGGGAGAUUCUACAAUGGAAGAGAGAUCUUUGGGAACCUGACCUUUUGGGAUGGGGCGGGGAGGGAAAAGACUGUUGCUGAGGGUAGAUAGGAGGGACCUAUCAAGGGCUCCUCCCUGGGCCUGUCCUCAGCCCCAUCUCUGUCUAAGGCCAGAGAGGGAGGGGCUGCCUGGGGCCCUGAUGGGAAGAGCUCUCUCAAUCCUUACUUAGUACUGCCCAAACUGGCUGGACAGGAGUCGGGGAGUGAGGGCUGAAUCUUGGAGAAGGGGGUUCCUGGAGGGAAGGGGCCACAGCUGCAAUAGAGAGAAGCAGAGGAGAGGGCUUCGAAGACUGCACUCCAAUCUUGUUCAUUGAGGGUCCAGUCCCUAAUAGGGCAAUGCCAAAGGGACUCUGUGGAGCAAUGUCUGCCAAUAAAUGUCUCAAAUGUC